GACCCCGGGAGCGGUGCCGGGACAGGCCCCGGGAGCGGUUCCGGAGCCGGAGCAGGCCCCGGGAGCGGUUCCGGGGCGGGCCUCGGAGGGCGGGCGGUCCAGGGCGGUGUCUGGCGUCACUGCCGCUCCCUUUCGCGGGCGAUUCGAAGGCGAUGUCAGAGGUCAGGACCGCUGUCGCCGGGCGGGAAGCCAUGGGGCAGUGUCCGGAGCCGGAUCUCUCGCUGUCGCUGCUGGAGCCGGGCGGCGGCUGGGCCGAGGAGCAGCAGCAGCAGCCAGAGCAGCAGGCGGACGAGGCCCCCAUGCCCAUGGUGUUGAUGUGCGGCGGCUGCAGGCGGCCCGUGGGCGACACCUCGAGCUGGGCGUUCAAUGACGAGGAGAGCGGCUGCAUCGUGCUGCGCAGUGCGGCCCCCACCGUCGCCGUGGACCCGGAGCGGAAGGUGUCCACGCUCCCCGGCGAGUACGGAUGCAUGGUAGAAACCUUUUUCUGCUCUGGCUGCUCGAGGACACUUGGCAGCAUCUACAGGUGUACCUCAAGGCAUCUCGACUACAAGAGAGAUUUGUUCUGUUUCAAUGUUGACUCUGUUGAAAGUUAUAUUCUAGGAACCACAGAAAAGCAAGCUGUUAUCUGUGAGGAGCCGAUUACUCUUGAAAGUCGAGCUGUCUUGCAAGAGGAGCUGCAAAGGGUGGAUAUAAUACUGAAAGCUCUGGAGGCAAAACUGAGCACUGUUGAGUCGCGUGUGGAUGCUGUGCACAGGCAGCUCUGACAGAAAACGCACAUUGGGAAUGGCCAAGAUGUGAAAGGGCUGCAGGCCAUGGGUGGAGCAGUGCUGACCCAGCCUGUGACCCAGACAAGAAGUUCUUCCAGUGUCCCUUGAGAGGACACCCCAGAGUUUUUGUUCAUAGGGACUUCUGAUCAGCCAAUCUGGUCAGAUUCUGAUCAGUAGUCUCCUGGUUUAAUGUAAAUAUUUAAUUAAAGUUUUGUCUUUGAAAGCAAA